AUGACCAUAGAUAACUAUAACAGCAGUAAUCAAAAUAACAGCGAGCGUGAGAUUGGUGGCACAGGUGACGGUAGGGACGACGACGGCGGCUUGCCAUUAGUACAAUGUGUCGCAAGAGCUCGUAUCCCCACCACACAGGGCCCGGAUAUCUUUUUACAUCUGUACAGCAACAACCGGGAUAACAAGGAGCAUUUGGCCAUAGUGUUUGGUGAAGAUAUACGGUCGCGCUCGCUAUUCCGCAGAAGACAGCACGAGACGCAACAAGAUAGAAUGAUCAGGGGCGCUUAUAUUGGCAAGUUGUACCCCGGCAGGACUGUAGCAGACGAGGACGAUAGACUCGGAUUGGCGCUGGAGUUUGAUGAUAUUACAGGCGAGUUGUUAGCUUCCAAGGCUACGACAUGGGACGCCCACAACAGCACGUUGGUGCGGAUCCAUUCUGAAUGUUACACUGGUGAAAACGCAUGGAGCGCCCGUUGCGAUUGUGGUGAACAAUUUGAUAGGGCAGGCAGGCUUAUUGCGUGCGACCACGAACCUACAAGCAACAUAAAGGGUGGCAACGGCCACGGAGUUAUCGUGUAUUUGAGACAAGAGGGUCGUGGCAUCGGAUUGGGUGAAAAGCUCAAGGCCUACAACCUGCAAGAUCUAGGUGCUGACACAGUCCAGGCCAACCUAAUGCUGAAACAUCCUGUGGAUGCCAGGGACUUCUCACUGGGUAAGGCUAUUUUGCUGGAUCUGGGCAUUGGUAACGUCAGACUGCUGACAAACAAUCCGGAAAAGAUAAAACAGGUAGAUCAUGCGCCCUACCUGAAGUGCGUUGAACGGGUGCCCAUGGUACCCAUCCACUGGACAAACUCCAGUGAAGGCAUAGACUCCAAAGAGAUAGAGGGUUACCUCAGGACCAAGAUAGAAAGAAUGGGCCAUUUGCUCACGGAGCCUUUGAAACUUCACACAAAUCCUCAAUCUGCUGAGACAAAUGAGACCCAAAUACAAAACCGAAUGAACUCUGCGUUGUCAUCAACAUCCACGCUGACAAUAUAA